AUGUUUGUUUUUGUGGCCUACUUCAUAGCUAUAAGCGGCUUGACUGCUAUGCAGUUUGAUUAUGCGUCUGCAAUACCGCUAACAGCAUCGUGGAAUGAGUUUAAUGCUUCAACUGCCAGCCAGUCUCCAAAAACAAUACCGCUGUCAAAGCUCCCAAUACGCCCUUGCAUACAGGGAUGGAGUUAUAUUUUGGUUACACCUCGCUUUUUUGAGGUGAUUCCUUCGAAAGUGAUGGAAACCAAGCAAACCAUUGUCAAUCUGAUCACGAUAAGGGGGCUUAAAAUCGGAUGCAAGAGCGCCGAGGCUAUCUUGUGCUCAAACGUUACGCAUCUCCGAUGGCAAUCACUUUCACAUGAAAAUGCUGAUGAAAAUGAUGUGUUCUUUACCAGACAGCACAAGCCCAAACUACAGAUGAAGAUAAGUGGAUUAAGCAGGUUGUGUUUCUCUAGGCUAUUCGUUGCUGUACUUUUUCGCAGUCUUGGCAUCGACUUCACAAAUUUGCUAACGCUUCCUGUUGUGGGAGCACGCUCAAAAAAAUUUCCUUGCGAAUAUAGGCGAAAGACAACGACGUCUAUCGUCACAUUGUCAAAAAGGAAGUUUCUGAAAAGAAAAGUUGCAACUCGAUCAUGCGUUGUUAACAAGUAUUGGACGACACAACAAGAGUCAGCCGAGAAGAGGGACCUGAAUAACCGAGAAGAAGCAACUACGAACUAA